CCCGGUGGCACGCUGACUCCAUGCGCCGCUCAGCGCUAUGCAAAUUAACGUUAGCUAAGGCCUCGAAUGCUAGUUGGACGUUGUUUACGUUUCCCCAACUUUAUAGGCCUACCGACCUUUGAUGAGCAUGAGCGUAUCAUACGUUGUCAUAUAGCCCAUGAUUACAUCAAAUACGCCUGUUGUAGGCUUAUAAGUCUGUGAUCUCGCAGUCGCAAGAGAAAGGGAGUGCAGUUUCCGUCCCUUGCUUAUAGAGCGUCAGGUCGAACGCUAUCCCAUCGGCCAUGGAUGAGGAAGAAAACGACGUUCUCAUUCCUGAGACUGGUGCAGUGUUUACUUUUGGUAGAAGUCGGUUCGCUGAAAACAUUCCCAGCAAGUUCUGGAUCCGAAAUGACUCAGUUUCACAUGUUGUCUGUGGAGAUGAACACACUGCUGUCAUUGCAGCAUCAGGAAGAUUGUUCAUGAUGGGGGUGAAUGAUUACGGACAGCUGGGACUGGGACAUACCAAAACAAUGACUAAACCCAGCUGUGUCAAAGUCUUGAAACCCAUGAAAGUGAAAACAGCUACAUGUGGAAGAGCUCACACUCUGAUUGCUACAGAGUGUGGGAAGGUUUUUGGCUUUGGAUACAAUGCAGAAUCUCAGCUGGGGCUGGGUGACACAAGUAUUCAUUUGGAACCCAUGGAAUUGUCUCUCCCCUUCAAAUCGGAUCAACUAGGUUGUGGGAUAAAAAAAUUAGCAAGUGGAGCUGAUCACUCCAUGCUCCUCAAUGAGUUGGGAGAUGUGUACGUAUGGGGGGGGAAUUCAGAGGGUCAGCUGGGAAUGAGUUCAGUAUCAGAUGUAAAAACUCCUCGUCUCCUGGAAAGGGCAGUUAAGGACAUUGCAUGUGGCUACUAUCAUUCUGCUCUGGUCACAAAGGAUGGCAAACUCCUGACAUUUGGAGAAGCUGAGGCUGGAAAGUUGGGAUUCCCUAUGGACUUUGGAAGGAAUUUCCGUGUUCCUCAGGAAGUUUCUAUCCAAGAAUCGCUACAUUCUGUCGCAUGUGGAGGAGGGCACACACUUGCUCUUUCUGAUGAAGGGCGAGUAUAUGCAUUUGGAGAAGGAGUGUCUGGUCAGCUGGGUUUGGGGAAUGGCUGUGUCCAAACCUAUCUUCCUACCAUCAUAACUGGACUUGGGAAUCAACAGAUCGUUCACAUAGAUGCUGGAGAAAGUCAUUCCUCAGCCAUCUCUGUUCGUGUGCCACGAUUCAAGAAUCUCUUUGUCUCCCAGAUUUCCUGUGGAGGGUGUCACACGAUGGUGUUAGCACGGAGACGAAUCCCUGAGGAUGAAGCCAAGCUGCGGGAACAACAGUUCACUCAAAUAGAAUCCACUGCAUCCAUUAAUGGCCAUUCUGAGGAUCGUCGGCCCCCUGUUCUUCCUCCAGCAGCAAAAUCAAAACUCAAGAUAAGGGGACAAGAUGUGGCCUUGGUGGCACCAACACACCUCCCACCAAUCGUUCGUCCUUUGCGGGCUCAUCCUGCUGACAAGGCUCAAGCCAUUGAUGGGAAUGAUCAACCUCUACAGGUCAAGGAAGAUGAAAAGAGUGAAGACAGAGACCCUCAGAUCAAGCUUUCUCUCACUGCUCAAUUCAAUGUAGAGACAGGGAGUGAUGCCAGGUCCCCAGGAACAUUGAUACAAAACACUGAAGUAGGUGACCCAUGCUGUGAUUCUCAAAUAUGUGAAGAACGAAGGAAAGGAAAUGAAGGGAAAAAAAGAGAUCUGGAAUGGGAUCAAGGAAUUGAGAAGGUUGAAGAAAUCAAGGCUGAUACAAUACAGCCUCAAAAUGAUGGCAUUUCUGUUGUGAAGCAGAGACGACAAAAUUCUCGAAUCAGUCAGAUGAUGACUGGAUUCCUGAGGAAGAGCUUCCACUCACGUUCACAAGAUGGAGGAAUUGAGGUUCCUCGACCAAAGGACAAAGUUGGAGUAUCUCCUUACACUGCCACUCCUGGUUUGACCUAA